AAAGAGAAACUAGUACAUCACACAAGUCUUUUCUUCUUUGAAUCAUAAUCACCUAGGAUCUAUUUAUAACAAUUUUGCUUAAACAUCCUAGCCCCCAUGCACCCCCCAAAUAAAAACAAAGAUAAGAUAAAAAUUAAUCCCAUCCACCAUGCAUGUAUAUGUAUAUGUGUAUACUGUCGUUUGUCAAAGGAUGCAAAGUUUGAUCUUACUGUUAGUGUGGUCUUGUCACUCUUCAUCCUCAACUUCCCCAAACAAAAACCUUAUUACACAUCCUAUCUCAACCUUCCCGGAAAACAGUUUACAUCCACUCCCAUCCUCCCUUCACACACACAUGCACCCUUUUCUCUACUUAACCUCUUUUUCUUCCCUGUUUGGCAUCGCAACAAAGUCAAGAACUAUGAUUUCUCAGCCGCCGGUCCACCGACGAACUCGGCCACUUACACACCACACUAAAAUCAGAUGGUCUCAUCAUAAUUUCAUGGGAAGAACAAAACCAAUUUCCCCAGUGAUCAUCAGGUGUUGCUUUGCAUUUAACGACGUCGACAAAAGAGCCCGCGGUUCAUGUGCAUUGGGUGGUGGUACCUUGGUGGAGGCCAUGAGGGAGGCGCGGCCGUACAUCAUGGCGCAUAGGGGUAGUACAUUGGUGGUGGUGUUGUCCAGUGAAAUCAUCAAUGGCCCCCACUUGCCCUCUAUUCUUGAGGAUAUUUCUCUGCUCCAUGGGCUGGGAGUCAAAUUUGUUCUUGUUCCCGGGACCCACAUCCAAAUUGACAGGCUUCUGGCUGAAAGAGGGUCUGAACCCAAGUAUGUUGGUAGCCACAGAAUCACAGAUUCUGAUUCUCUUAGUGCUGCAAUGGAUGCAUCUGGGAGUAUUGGUUUCAUGAUUGAGGCGAAACUAUCCCCUGGGCCUUCCCUAAGUGGUAUGCGUCGCCAUGGAGGCAAUGGCCGUCGGUAUGAUGGUGUCAAUGUUGCCAGUGGCAAUUUUGUGGCUGCUAAGAGAAGAGGAGUGGUCAACGGAAUUGACUAUGCAUCAACUGGAGAAGUUAAAAAAAUUGAUGUUUCUCGCAUUCGUGAGAGGCUUGCUCAAGACUGCAUAGUGCUGUUAAGCAAUCUUGGUUAUUCAAGUUCUGGAGAAGUAUUAAAUUGCAACUCUUAUGAAGUCGCUACAGCUUGUGCAAUGGCUCUUGGGGCAGAGAAACUUAUUUGCAUCAUAGACGGACCAAUCCUAGAUGAAUGUGGAAGGCUUAUUCAUUUUUUGACUCUUCAAGAUGCAGACAUGUUGAUUCGUAAACGAGCUAAACAAAGCGAGACUGCUGCGAAUUAUGUAAAAGCUGUUGCUCAAGAAGAUCUCUGUGCAGCAUAUGAUGAUUCGAAUCAUGCAGUUUCUUCUCUAAAUGGAAAGGCUUUUAGUCAGGCGUCCAAGUUUCAGAAUGGUGUUGGCUUUGACAGUGGGAGUGGAUUUUGGUCCAGUGAACAAGGUUUCGCAAUUGGAGGUCAAGAAAGUAUGAGUCGAUUAAAUGGUUACCUCUCCGAAUUAGCAGCUGCAGCUUUUGUUUGCAAAGGUGGUGUUCAGAGAGUUCAUUUAUUGGAUGGCACUAUUGCUGGUGUUUUACUGAAGGAGUUGUUUCAAAGAGAUGGAGUGGGUACAAUGGUGGCUAGUGAUCUUUACGAAGGGAUGCGGAUGGCUAGGGUCACAGAUGUCAACGGAAUCAAACAGCUUUUGCUACCUUUAGAGGAAUCUGGCACUUUGAUAAAGAGGACUGAGGAAGAGGUACUUGGAGCAUUGGAGUCCUUCGUAGUUGUUGAAAGAGAAGGUCAUGUCAUUGCUUGUGCAGCUCUUUUCCCUUUCUUUGAAGAGAAGUGUGGAGAGGUAGCUGCUAUUGCCGUUUCUCCUGAAUGUCGUGGGCAAGGACAGGGAGACAAAUUGCUUGAUUAUAUUGAGAAGAAGGCAUCUUCCCUUGGGCUGCGAACGCUUUUCGUCCUGACUACACGCACAGCAGAUUGGUUUGUAAGGCGAGGCUUCUCCGAAUGUUCUAUUGACAACAUACCAGAGGAGAGGAGGAAAAAGAUUAAUAUAUCCCGUCGAUCCAAGUACUACAUGAAGAAACUUUUACCUGAUAGGAGUGGCAUUCGUCUAAAUACUGCCGUUGCAUAACAUAAGGAGAUUAUGUUUUGCGACAUUCUUUAGUGUCCAAUUGAGUAUUUCGGCAAGGAAAGCUCAAAAUAGUUUGUCAGAUCUCAUCUUGAUGCAUUAUCCUCCCAAUUCCUGAGGGCAACGGCAUCCGCUGAACUGAAACCAGAAAUUAUGCUUGAGUGAGAUUAUUCAGUGAGAUGCUGUACUCUGGAAUCUGUAGUGAUUUUACCCAUAAAAAAAAAAAAAGAAAUCUUCAGUGAUUUUCACAACGCAUUUCUGCAACACACCAAAGUAUUUUUAAUGCAGUUGAUCGCUGAACAUAA